UACAUUGGCGUCACGUGACUGCGUAUCUUGGCCAAUGGCACGCGCCGCUCGUUUUAACGACGUUAAAUGUCAGAUAUUCGGCUAUAAACUAGAAUCUCGCGCUCAGGCCCGGCGAAAUGGGCGAGCAUAACCUCCUCAAUAGCGGGUUUGUGGGACCUUUGGUGAACAUCCACACCGGAGACGCGUUUUACCUCCACAACUUCCGGUCAUCUGCGGCUCUUCCUUCCCUCCCUUACGCGAGACGGGACAAUGUUUGGACUCAACCGGAGCCGUGCAACGGAUACAUGCAGCCGUUUUUUGGCAACCCGGUGUCCCUGAACCCCACGCUUAACCGAGCGUGCGAGAUUGCGCGGCAAGAAGAGACCAAAUGCUUUUACAGUGGAAGUGGAGGUGGAGGAUGUAACAUCCGGGAGAACUGUGCCAACGUUAAACGAGAUGACAGGACGAGAGACGACUCCUCUGUGCCCGUAGUGAGAGACCACGGACUGGCAGAUGCUAGCAUGAUGGGCUACGGAUACGUUACAGAGCAAGUGAGCCAGAAUCCUCCAUCCUGUCACUCCAUGCAGUCGGAGUCGGGGUCAUCGCACCACGAAACGGAAAAAGUGUCGUGCAACAUCGCUCAUUCCUUAGGACCUCAUGCAUGCAGCACAAACCAAGCUGGAGGUGAGGAAGUUAACGUUUAUUAUUAUAAAUGUGUGCACUUACAGCUGGUCUUAACGUUACAGAGACACUACUUGCUUUUUCUCCCCGCCCCCCCUCCCCCCUCCCCCCUCCCCCCUCACCUGUUCUCAGGUGCUCCGUGGUACCCGGCGCACGCGCGGAACCGGAAGAAGCGGAAGCCCUAUUCCAAACUGCAGCUGGCCGAGCUCGAGGGCGAGUUCAUGCUCAACGAAUUCAUAACGCGACAGCGGAGGAAGGAGCUUUCGGACCGACUCAAUUUAUCCGACCAACAAGUGAAGAUCUGGUUUCAGAACCGACGCAUGAAGAAGAAAAGACUGAUGUUGAGAGAACAGGCUCUGUCUUUCUUUUAG